GAUAGGUACAUCGCUAGCAAAUAGCAUAUUAUUAAGACUGUGCACGCGCAACGUCGGCAUCCAACAAGUAGAUUUUCACAGACGUGUAUAAUUUGUUAAUAAUGUAUUUUCAUAAGAUUAUUGGUAUCAUAUAUCUGGGAAUUAUUGCUGUUUACGGCGCUGGCAUUGAACGCGUUGAUGAUAUGGAUUUGAUACACAUUUUAACCGGCGAAGGCGAUGUGGUUGCUUUGUUUACGCGAGGCAACUGCGCGGAAUGCGAAAAAUAUGAAAACGUUGUUGACAAAAUUCAGGAUGAAGUCAAACAAUCGUUGGGAGCGUCAGUUGUGCAGGCGCACGAUAGCAAUUUAAUACAUAUCUACGAUCCGAGCAGGGAACCGGCACUGCUCUAUUUCCGACGAGGAAUACCAAUUCUCUACCAUGGAGCAAUAAACGAUGAAGAAAUUAUACAAUUUUUUAGCGAUAACCGCGAGCCAGCGGUAAAGGAGCUUUCUGAUGACAAUUUUGAACAUUUAACACAAGCCUCAACUGGAGCCACAACCGGGGACUGGUUUGUUUUCUUCUAUUCUGCGGAAUGUGUGCUCUGCCAGCGUUUAUAUGCCGUUUGGGAGUCCGUUGGUGGUUCACUAAAACGCAAGAUAAACGUAGCACGAAUGAACUCUUUGGGAGCUGGCGUUUCGACUGCGAAUCGGCUAAAGGUUGCGGAAGCUCCCGGAUUCAUUUUCUUGCGCCAAGGCAAAAUCUAUCGAUACUCUUCAAAGGAGUAUACCCCAAAGGCCUUCAUCGAGUUUGCUGAAGGCGGAUAUAUAAAAAAUAGUCAUCCAGAAAUGGUUCCCAAACCAUCCAGUUUUAUGGAUGAAUUAUCUUUUGGACAAGUUAUGGACUAUAUCAAUAGUCAGGGUACGCUUCCAUUGGCAUUUAUUGGCACAUUCAUAGUUGUGUUUCUCUUACUUAUUAUUAAAUGUUUGUUUAAAACAUCAUCAAAGAAAACUGUCAAUAAAAAGGACAAAUAGGCUUAACACCUGGUAAACAUAAGUGUAGGGAAAAGAUUGUAUUCCUUGUACCGCAGCUGAUGUAUGUAAAAUAAUGUAAUGUUUAAUAAUAAAAAUAAAAUAAAAACUUAAAA